AUGCGUGUGGGGAAGAGAAAAGGGUACCACAGGAGCCUCCCAAUCACCCGCAUGCAGCUAUUGACUGGUUGCAUGGAGCAAUUAAACUAUCGCAUCUCUCCGAUGCAUGUACAGGGGCAAUCCGCCGACGCCAGCAGCCUCCCCGCCGACGACAUGCUCGGCGACUCCGGCGGCAUAAGCGGCGGCGGUCCGUGGUCUGGCCGCAUCCAGUGGGCGCGGGAGGAGACGCUGGCCCUCAUCAGGAUCCGGUCGGAGAUGGCCGCCGCCUUCCGCGACGCCGCAGUCAGGGGCAGGGCUCCCCUCUGGAUCUGGGAAGAGGUCGCCAGCAAGCUUGCGGAGCUUGGCUACGAGAGGAGGAGCGCCAAGAAGUGCAGGGAGAAGCUUGGGGGCAUGAACAGGUCCUACAAGCGCGCCGAGAAGAGCCGGGCCGGCAGGCAGGACGGCAGGAGCUACCCCUUCUCCCAGGCGCUCGACGCGCUGCACGCCGCCACCGCCCGCGCGUGGCUACAGAAGCACCAGGAGCAGCUGCUGAUGGUCCUUGGCGGCCGCGGCCCCCCGCCGCUGCACGCCUUCUCGGCGCCGCGACCGAUGAGCACAAUGCCGCCGCCGCCGCCGCCACCGAGGUUCCCGAUCAUGCCGGCUCCUGUUUCCUGGGCGGCGGCGGCGGAGCUCCCCCAGCCACCUCCCGUCUGUCUGCAAAACCUGAGCUUCCCGUUCAUGUCCGAGUCUGAGUCGGACGACGACGGGUCCGGGGAUGGCGAGAUGGCGGCGGCGACCGGCGACUGCCCGGAUGGCCUCGGCAACCGCAAGCGCAAGCGGGGCGGCGGCAGGGAGAAGAUGAUGGCUUUCGUGGAGGGGCUGAUGAAGCAGGUCGUCGGGAGGCAAGAGGAGAUGCAGCAGCGGUUCCUGGCGACCAUGGAGAAGAGGGAGGCGGAGCGCGCGGCGCGGGAGGAGGCCUGGCGCCGGCAGGAGGUGGCCCGGCUCAAGCGCGAGCAGGAGCAGCGCGCGCACGAUCGCGCCGCGGCGGCCGCACGCCACGCCUCCAUCAUCGCCUUCAUCCAGCGCGUCGGCGGGCAUGGCGCGCAAGUCCCGCCCGUCGUCUUCCCUACGCCCACGCCGACGCAGUUCCAGACCCCGCCGCCGCGUCAGGCCACACCGCAGCCCAUCCCAGCCGCGCCGCUCCAACGCCAGCCACCGCCGCAACCUCGACAGAAGCUGCCGCCGCGGCGGGCCACGCCGCCGCCCAUCCCAGCUGCGCCACUCCAAUGGCAGCCGCCGCCGACGCAGCAGCAGCCGCCGCCCAUCCCAGCUGCGCCGCUCCAAUGGCAGGCACCGCCGCGGCGAGCCACGCCGCCGCCCCAGCCGCAGCCCAUCCCAGCCGCGCCGCUCCAAUGGCAGCCACCGCCGCAACCACCACAGGCACAGCACAAGGAAACGAUGCAGGAAGAAGCGGAUCGACCCCGACUUCCGCUGGCUCAUCAGCACUCGCCCUGGUUCCCGCCGCCAUGGAGCAGUGCUUCCCCCAAGUUUGCAGAUCACACCUUGCAGCAGUCGUAG